AUGAGUGCCGAGGUCAAGGUGACAGGGCAAAACCAGGAGCAAUUUCUUCUUCUGGCCAAGUCCGCCAAGGGGGCAGCGCUGGCCACACUCAUCCACCAGGUGCUGGAGGCCCCUGGUGUCUACGUGUUUGGGGAACUGCUGGAUAUGCCUAAUGUUAGAGAGCUGGCUGAGAGCGACUUCGCUUCCACGUUUCGGCUGCUGACCGUUUUUGCUUACGGGACGUACGCUGACUACUUAGCUGAAGCCCGGAAUCUUCCCCCACUCACAGAGGCUCAGAAGAACAAGCUUCGACACCUAUCGGUCGUCACCUUGGCUGCCAAAGUCAAGUGCAUCCCCUAUGCAGUGCUGCUGGAGGCACUGGCCCUGCGCAAUGUGAGGCAGCUAGAAGACCUGGUCAUCGAGGCCGUGUACGCCGAUGUGCUACGCGGCUCCCUGGACCAGCGCCACCAGCGGCUGGAGGUCGACUACAGCAUUGGGCGGGACAUCCAGCGCCAGGAUCUCAGGGCCAUCGCCCGGACCCUACAGGAGUGGUGUCUGGGCUGCGAGGUGGUCCUGUCAGGCAUUGAGGAGCAGGUGAGCCGGGCCAACCAGCACAAGGAGCAGCAGCUGGGCCUGAAGCAGCAGAUCGAGAGCGAGGUCGCCAACCUGAAGAAAACCAUUAAGGUUACAACAGCCGCAGCAGCUGCGGCCACGUCUCAGGACCCCGAGCAGCACCUGGCUGAGCUGAGGGAGCCGGCCCCGGGCACCAACCAGCGCCAGCCCAGCAAAAAAGCCUCCAAGGGCAAGGGGCUCCGAGGGAGCGCCAAGAUUUGGUCCAAGUCGAACUGA